AUGUACGAGACCAUUCGACCCCACAAGGUAUUUGAGGCAGCCCAGUAUUUAGUCGCGACGGAGCUGUAUAAAGCCGAAAAUGUAAUUUUGUGCGAUGAGUGGUAUCAAGCAAUGAAUGAUGAUACAAUGGACUUUGUGUGCGGUGACGUUGAGGACCCCAUUGAACCCGUUCAUAUCGACGCGGAUGAAGAAAAUAUUGAAUACAGCAAUACUAACAUCCGCGUGGAGGUGGAAUCGCAUGAAGAUGUGACCGAUAAAUCCAACAUUGGUGCUGACGAAACUCUAAUUUUUCAAAAGAAUGCCGUCGACAUUUUUGGGAUUCGAAUCGCACCAGCUGAAGGAAAUAUUCCAAUUCCACUACAUCGGGACUUAAAUGCAGAGCUAUUGUCUUUUCCAACAAUUUACGCUGGUGUUCCUCGGUCAUUCAAAAAUGGGGUUCGGGUGACCUACACGGAUAUAGCCAAGUCUGAAAUUCGACGUUAUGAUAGAAGAGCCUGCCGUCCAACCAAAUUACUGUAUUCAUUCAAGAGGUCCUUUAAUGAGAAGGUAGUUAAUGCAGUCCAGAUCUGCAUGAGAAAGAAAAUUGGGACACGACACGUUACAGCGGGAGCCUUGAAGACCCCAGGAUUCGUUGAAAAUCUUUGCAAGAAGGACGACGGUUACGCUGCAUUUAAAGACCUCAGGUCAUCUCCAGCCUAUUGGAAGGAAAAAAUCAAAAAGGUGUUGGGAAUGAUUCGCCAGCUAGGAAGGGCUACAUUUUUCAUCACCUUCUCUGCAGCAGAAACCAAAUGGGCGGAAUUGAUUGUCAUGUUAACUAAGCUAAUUGAUGGUAAAGAAAUCACAGAAGACGAAGCAGCUGAUUUACCAUUCAGUAAAGUUGCAGAGCUGGUCCGAUCUGAUCCUGUCACCUGUAUGAUUCAUUUUGGCCAUAAAUACCGUGCUCCCCUCAACACUCUUCUUACACCACGUGGAGGAAUCUUUGCGCCGUAUUCUAUGAAAGACUAUUUUAGCCGUUUGGAGUUUCAAAUGAGAGGAUCACCACAUUCUCAUGGUCUUUACUGGGUGACGGAUGCCCCCGUGUACACAGAAAAUGAUCCAGAGUCUGAACAAGAAUGCAUUCGCUUCAUUGAUCAAUUUAUAACCUGUGAACGAUGUGAAGAGGGAAAGAUGGACAAGUUAAUUGGUUAUCAACUUCACAAGCAUUCCCAUACAUGUGAGAAGAAGUUGAAAAGAGGACAGAAAUGUAGAUUCGGAUUUCCAAAACCACCACUACCAACAACAAUGAUUCUCCAUCCUUUCCCUUCUGAUUGGAAUCCCCAAGAAAUAAAAAAUGCAGAAGAGCUUUACGCAAAGAUUCAGGAAAAGUUGAACCAACUGGGACGAGUCUACAAGGAAGAUAUCGACUUCAAUAAAUUCCUCGUGGAGUUAAAUACGGAUUAUUCUAGCUACAAAAUGGCGAUCAGAAGUUCUAUAAAACGUCCCACCGUAUUUUUGAAACGCUCAACCAAUUCUUCCUUUAUCAACCCUUAUAACCGAAAAUUGUUGGAGGCAUGGGAGGCAAAUCUCGACAUUCAAUUCAUUUUAGAUAUUUACUCUUGUGCAAAAUAUUGUGUGGGAUACAUUUUGAAGUCUGAUGGCGGCGUCUCAAAAUUAUUGCAAGCGCUGGACCAGGAUGUUCGACGGGGAAAUAUUGCCAUCAAAGAUAAACUGAAGAAAUUCGCCAGCAUCUUAAUCAACGGCUCUGAAAUUUCUGCUCAAGAGGCCGCCGCAUUUCUGCUAGGAAUAAGCAACACGAAUUGCAGCAGAAGUGAUGUUUUCAUUAAUACCGCGGAGCCUGAAGAGAGGAUUACUUUUUUAAAGUCGAAAGAAGAACUCGACGAAUUGGGCGAUGAUAGCGAGGACAUUUGUAUGAAGGGUCUAAAUGACCACUAUUCCCAGAGACCAAAAGAACUUGAGAAUAUCUGCCUUGCAGAGUUCGCUUCCAUGUACAACUUUACUGCCUCUCAGAAGAAAAAAGAGAAGGAAAGUCAGGCAGCGGGAGAUUUUAAUCUUGAAAGUGAGAUCGAUGAUGACGUUGAAGAUAAUCCCAACCCAAUCACCGACGACAUGAUUCGGCACGAUAGCGACACAUUUCUCGGAAGUCAAGCAAAUACCUCUUUACCUAGUACAUCUUUUAUUAGCAGCCAAGUUUCAACGCCAAACAAGGGAGGCAAAGCAGCAGAGAAGCAUGAAUUACUAGAUGGCAGCGGCACUGUUCAUAAAAGGACAAUUAGAAAAAUUAUAAGAUUCCGGCACUACGGAAAGCAAGCAGAUCCAACUAACUACUUCCGAGAGCAGUUAAUGUUGUUCGUCCCGUGGCGUGAUGAGAAAAAGGACUUGAUCGACAUUGAUAAACUUUCAACAGCCUUGACCCACCAAGAUCGGUUGAAACUAAACUCCCAACCUUUCUAUUUUAACCAUGAUGUCGAUGACGAAUUGCUGCAAGGACUUCUGGAGGACGCAGAUGAAAGACAACUAGAAGAAGAGGAUGAUCAGCCAAUGGUGGAGAACGAUGAAGGAGUUGAAGCGGAGGACUACUUCAAUGACUUCAACGUGGACGACUUUGCUCCAACAACGUCAAAAGUGGAGCGCUUCUUGCCCCCUCGCCUUGUGGAUGAGAAUGAAUACCUCAAAAUCAUUAGAUCUUUAAAUGAACGCCAACGUCGCUUUGUUCUUAAUGUACUACACAACUUAAAGACUGGCAAAGUUCCAUUUCACGACUUUCUUAGCGGUGGGGCAGGUGUGGGGAAAAGUCACGUGGUCACGGCUAUUGUGCAGAGUUUUAUGAGAUACUGUUCCAAAUUUCCCAAUGUAAAUCCAGAUCAACUCUGCGUCCUGGUAGCAGCACCAACUGGAAAGGCUGCCUUUAAUGUGUUCGGAAUGACUCUCCACUGCACUUUUCGACUUCCACCUACACAAUCUGCUGGAGGAUUGGGUGACCUUCAAUCUGGAAUUCUAAACACGCUUCGCAUCAGACUUGAAGGUGUAAAAUUGUUCAUCAUCGAUGAGAUUUCCAUGGUCAGCGUUAAGCAGCUAUAUGAUAUUGACCAAAGGCUGCGUCAAAUAUACGAAACAGCAGAACCAUUUGGUGGAAAGUCAUUUGUGGUCGUUGGUCAUCUCCGUCAGCUACCACCCAUUGGCGGAUCGUAUGUCUUCAAACCACCAACUCACAUCCCCCGCGGAGCUGUUGUUGGGAACCACCUCUGGGAGCUUUUUCAACUCUAUGAAUUGACGGAAAUCAUGCGCCAGCGUGGCGAAUGGGAGUUCUGUAAAGCCCUUAAUAAUAUGGCUGAAGGGAUAAUGGAUGAAGAUGAUAUCGCACUUAUUAAAUCUCGUGAAGUCACCCCACAAAAUCAGCCACCAGAUACUGGAAUCCGUCUUUACAAGACCAACGCUGAAUGUCAAAAGUACAAUUCUGAAGUCCAUUCUAAAUUGGCAUCAGAUGGCGCAAUGUCAACUGCACACGAUAAAAUUCAGGGAUCAGCCUCUGAAGCAGACAAGAAAAGACUCUUGGAAUACGCCACCACACUGACCGCUCAACAAUCUGACGGCCUCCCUUAUCAGACGUACUUAAAAGUCGGCGCAGAGUAUUUCGUUGGCACCAAUGUAGAUGUACAAGACGGAUUAUUCAAUGGGUCCACUGGUACUUUGAAACUUAUCGAGUAUUCAACUAAAGCACAAGGAAAACCGACCAGGGCAUGGCUGGACUUCCAUAAUUCUAUGGUUGGAAUGCAUAAGCGUGCCUCCACAAGGCCAUAUCAAGUCCGGAAAAAUAUCGACGAGGAGUUGGUAGCAGUAGAUCGCAUCACUCGCAACCUCAGCAAGACUGGGCGACAUCAAGGACUUCAAAUAAUUCGAACCCAAAUCCCUCUCGUCCCUGCCAAUGGAACCACAAUUGCAAAAAGCCAAGGCUCGACACACAUUUGCUCGGUGGUAGCUGUAAAAUGUUAUUCUGACGAUGAUGAGCCUCCAAGGAAAAGGUCUAGAAAAAACUGGUUGUCCCGUGAGGAGCUAUACGUUGCUUGUAGUCGCCCCACCUCUCGCGAAGGACUAUUCAUUUAUGGAGAAUUUACGCCUCCCUUAACUCCCGGACCGAAUGACCCAGUUUCUAUUGAAAUGUGCAGCUAG